AUGGCCGGGCUACUAGCUAGCAAAGGUUAUAUUCCCAAUUGGAGGCGUGGUAACGAGGGUCAAUACACUACUGUUAAGAAAAAGUGUUCUCAAGACAAUAGAUUUGCGCUCAGUAAUUUAGUUAGGAUGCGUCAAAUAAUAUUUAUGAUUAGGCGUGGUUUCUUUGUUGUUAUGGUCGAGAUAAGCUUUGCUUCUCUAUUGCGGCUGUCCCGCCUAUUCUUGAAUUUGACCAGCACCACGGGCACCAAAAACAUAGCUUUGCACAAAUUGCAGGCGAUGGCUUUUGAAGAGGCACUUGAAGUCAGUAUCAAACCGCUUAGAGUCAAUUAA